AUGGCGGCAAUGAGGGCCAGGCAUAAGAUUCGAGCUCCGCGAAGGGGACUCUCGCAUGCGAAAACCGAUGACUUCGACAGCAUCUGGGACGUUCUUUCAGUUUCCCUGAAUGAAAUAAAUACGAAGAAUGCCUCCUCCCUCUCCUUCGAAGAAUUGUAUCGCCACGCCUACAAGAUUGUGUUGAUGAUGCGGGGUGAUGAACUCUACGAAAAGGUCAAACAACUGGAGCAGAGCUGGCUUCAAAGUAAUGUUCAGAAACUCAUUACCGAGUCAAUCUCUGUGAGUCUCUUGCGGACGCAGAAUUCCACCGAUGCUCAGGAUCAAUCGAGCGAGAGGCGGGAGGCCGGAGAGAAGUUCUUGGCCGCUUUGAAGGAUGCUUGGGAGGAUCAUCAGCUGUGUAUGGGCAUGGUGACAGAUGUCAUGAUGUACAUGGACCGCAUGGUAACCGCAAGCCAUACCAAGCCAUCCAUCUACGUUACUUGUAUGGCACUAUUCCGCGACAACAUCCUCCAAUCAUCCGCCCGCCCUGACUCUGGUCUCACCGUCGGAGACAUGCUCAAAUCAACUAUACUGUUCAUGAUCUCACUGGAACGGUCUGGCCACAUGGUUGAACGGCCUCUCAUUCGGCAUUGUAUUCAAAUGCUGGAGGGACUUUAUGAAACUCCGACGGAAGAGGAGAGCUCAAAACUCUACCUGACCAUGUUUGAACCAGCCUUCCUCGAGGCAAGUAAGGAAUUCUAUGAAGCAGAGGGCCAGCGUUUGUUACAAAUCGGCGAUGCUACUGAAUUUUGUCGAAUCGCUACCCAGCGGGUUAGUGAGGAACAAGAACGAUGCCGCUAUACAUUGGCAAUCGGAACAGAACCCAAAGUUCUCGAUUUGCUCGACGACCAGCUAAUCCGCAACAACAUCGAGGAAGUUGUCAAUCUCGAGGGGACCGGUGUGAGACACAUGCUGGACCACGAUCAACAAGAGGGGUUGCAGAACGUCUAUUUGCUAAAUUCCAGAGUAGACAAGAAGAAGCAAGCUUUGACAAAAGUGGUCAACAAGCGAAUUGUGGAGAUGGGCAAAGAAAUCAACAACUCGUCCAUCGUGUUGCCCCAAGCCCAGACAACAGCCCCGUCGACCGAAAAGGACGGCAAAGGUGAAAAAACGACAGACAAGGGAAAAGACAAGGCAAAGCCCCAGAAUCAGCAAACGGUCUCAGCUAUUCGCUGGGUUGAUGAUAUCCUUGCCCUCAAGACCAAGUUUGAUGGCGUCUGGGAGAAGGCAUUUGCAUCUGACCAGGGCCUCCAAGGCUCUAUCGGGGCCAGUUUCUCUGAGUUUAUCAACAUGAACUCAAGAAGCUCCGAGUAUCUGUCACUUUUCUUUGACGAAAACCUCAAGAAGGGAAUCAAGGGAAAGACUGAGAAUGAAGUGGACGCUCUCUUGGACAAUGGCAUUACAAUGCUACGAUACAUCAAAGACAAGGACCUGUUCGAAACGUACUACAAGAAACAUCUGUCCCGUCGUCUGCUGAUGAAGCGAUCUGCAAGCAUGGACGCUGAAAGACAGAUGAUCUCAAAGAUGAAGAUGGAAGUCGGAAAUCAGUUCACACAGCGCAUUGAAGCCAUGUUCAAGGAUAUGACUGUGUCAGAAGACCUAACAACCAACUAUAAGAAACACGUUUCUCUGAAUGGUGAUCCUGAGCAAAAGCCAGUGGACCUGGAGAUCAGCGUUCUUACCAGCACGAUGUGGCCGAUCGAGGUCAUGUCCCAGACAAGAAGCGGAACGGUUGUGUUGCCGUGUAUUCUACCCAAAGAGGUUGAGACCCUCAAGUCAAGCUUUGAGCGGUUCUACCUCGACAAGCACAGUGGCCGCAAACUGUCAUGGCAAGCCAGUAUGGGAACUGCAGACAUCCGAGCCACUUUUGUCCGGGCCAAUGGCAAAUCCCAGCGCUACGAGCUCAACGUAUCCACCUUUGCCAUGGCUAUUUUGCUUCUUUUCAAUGACAUUCCAGAUGGGGAGGCUCUCACAUACGAUGCGAUCAAGGAGCGUUCUCGGAUUCCCGAUCACGACUUGAUUCGGAACUUGCAAUCACUAGCAGUUGCACCGAAAACCAGGAUCUUGUUGAAAGAUCCAAUGAGCAAAGAUGUCAAGCCAACAGAUAAAUUUACCUUCAAUCGUGACUUCUACAGUCCGUUCGUGAAAGUGCGCAUCGGAGUGGUCAGCGGUAGCGCCAACAAGGCCGAGAACCAGGAUCAGCGCAAAGACACCGAGAAGAAGAUGAAUGACGAGCGUGGUGCUAGUAUCGAGGCCGCGGUCGUUCGAAUCAUGAAACAACGCAAAACCCUCGCUCAUGCUCAACUGAUGACCGAAACACUGUCUCAGCUGGCUGUACGCUUUGUUCCGGACGUUAACAUGAUUAAGCGCCGCAUCGAGAGUCUCAUUGACCGUGAGUACCUGGAGCGAGUGGGCGAAGAUCCGCCUACCUACGGGUACGUCGCAUAG